UGACGAUCUUGUAAUCACUGGCACAAUUUCCACACGGCAGUUUGAAGCGGAACCAUAGCGUGAGCGUAGCAAGCAUAGACGGUCACUUUUCACCGGCGCACUGAAGUAGCUUCCAUGACCAGGAACAGUUGACAACAACAUUAAGCUGAUGUUGGCCUCUCUGUCCACAAUGAUGUCACAUGGUUUCAAGAGCAGUAAGCAGGACUUCACCUUUGGACCAUGGAAAGUGACUGCUGCCAAAAACCACAUCAUGAAAUCCAAAGACAUUGAACGGUUAGCAGAGGAGAUGAGCAUGCCCUCCCUUCCAGAGAUGCUGUUUGGGGACAAUGUCCUGCGCAUCCAACACAAAGAUGGCUUCGGCAUUGAAUUCAAUGCAAUCGAUGCCCUUAAGAGAGUCAACAACAUGGAGGAUGCUGUCAAGGUGGCCUGUGCUCAGGAAUGGCAGGAGAGCAGAGCUGAUUCUGAACAUUCCCAAGAGGUGGUAAGACCCUACGACUGGACAUAUACCACAGACUACAGAGGCACUCUGAUAGGACAAAGUACACAGAUACAGGCGACUGAGACAGCGGAACGUAUCAACAUGGAGAAGCUGAAGGCUCGGGAACAGAUCAUGUUUUUUGAUGAGGUUCUCCUGUUUGAGGAUGAGCUGCAUGACCACGGAGUCUCAAUGAUCAGUGUCAAAAUUAGAGUGAUGCCCACAAGUUUCUUCUUGUUGCUGCGUUUCUUCCUACGAGUGGACGGAGUACUAAUCAGAAUAAAUGACACACGAUUGUAUCAUGAGGCUGGAAAGGAUUACAUGCUACGAGAGUUCAGCACAAGGGAAAGCAGCAUAGCAGAACUAAAGAAUGUUCCUGCUGCACUAUACACAGAUCCUAAUGAGAUCGCCCAGCAUUUAACCUUGAAGCUGACAGAGUGUGAGAAGCUGGAACUUCCUGUGAUACAGCCUCAGACUGUCAAUGAAGGCCUUUAGUGAGCAGAAUACUGCUCACUAAUUACGUCCAUGUUGGUGUUGCAUGAUGAAAAAGAAUAAUAUUAGUGUUACAGUACAUCUGUAAUCUUACAGUAACAUAACCAUUGAUCUUCCCUUCAAAUAUCUGUACAGGAAUAGGUUUUUUUAUAUGUGACCACUGUGAUGGUGUGUUCUUUAAACACUGCAAUCUGAUCUACAGUUUCAGUACAUUAUAUAUUAUGAUGUAACAAUACCAUAUCAAAUUGCAUAUCAGUGAAACUUUAACCCAUCGUCUCAGUUUAGGUUUUGUUCAUUUGAACUGAUUUUGUUUUAUGUGUACACUUUUCACUGUCAAAUUGAAUAGCCUUUUGACAUAAGACUCAAGAAGAUGGCUGUUUCAACUUGAGUAAUGUGUUUGUAAAAAUGCUACAUAUAACAGCUUUGUAUUUUCUAAAGUGAAAGUAAUGAAGAAUUUCUGUAAAUAUGACUAUUGUAUUUUCUGCAGUGACUUGUGGAGGGUGCAGAAGCUUGUUUUCCAUUUGCAAGUAAACACCUCCAGAAUCAGAGUGAAAAUGUCAAACCUUAUGGCCACAUAAAAUGUUUUGUGUAACUGCUAGCUUGCUUUGCUUUUUCCGUAUUUUUGUUUUCUGUUCAUAAAUAACUAUGAUGGUUAACUUCAUCUGUCCAAAAACAUUUCAAAAAGGUUUUUUCUGACAGGCAAUAUGUUCACUUAUGCAGGGUGGGUUUAGAUGAGUGCUACAAAGUCACUGCCCGCAAUUGUUUAUUAAUUAAUGGUAUGGACACUAUAAGGAUCCACACAGCAGUGUAUAAAGGUCGUGAGUAAAGACAGCUGUUCUGCUGAAGAACCUCUCUGGUGCAACACAAUCUGUGAAACUUCACUUUUUAUGUCCAGUUUGUUUCAUUGACAGGUGGGGAAGGCAUCAUGUUGAUAUGAAAGCAGCUGGUUCAGGACGUCUUUGUCCAUUUAUCGAAAUGAGGUUUGUGCACAUGCGUCCAGUGUGACAAUGACUGACAUUUAUAAAACACAACAAUGUGUACGCACAGCUUUAUAAAUCUGAAGCAAAGAAUUUGUAUUUGUGUGUAGGCGAUACACAGUUUUAGUCAUGAAUCUACACAGAGUUUGAUGCAUCUGGCCUCAGCAGUGUCACUGGAUAAACACUUCCAGUAUUCUUCCUGAGACUUGACAGCAGCAUUCAAUGCAGGUUUUACAGGUGAUGACACCAAGGCAUUUAUCAUCUACAGUACUAGAAACACUUUGUCAAUCAAAAGAAUUUGACGCGUUUUAUCUCUGUCCAAACGUUUGACUGGUUGUGUAAAACAGAUUUAAGUUUGCAUUGGCAUUGUAAGUCAUUUGAGUUGGUAGAAUUGUCUGAUAUCAAUGCUCUGGUGAGUGGGUUAAUAUAAUCACCAUACAGGUUGAGCAAGUCAAUACCAUCAAGUUAAUUGAUCUUUGCAUAUAGAAAAAUGGCCAUUUUAAUAAAGUAAGAUUUCAGACAGAGAGAUGAAACUCACAUGUAUACAGGUCACUGUUAUGGAACAGUGGAAACAAUUUGGCAGCAACCAACUUUUUUUUCUUGGAAAGAGGAAAGGCACGGUUCAUUUCUGAAAAAACAGAUCCACUUGGAAGAAUUAAAAUAUCAAAGUAUGUAAAAGAGUAAAUGUGUUUGUUAUGCAAGAAAUUCUUUGAACGUCAUGAGAAUGAUAUUCACAGUCUCUUUUUAGCGCAAUGUGGUGUUCUUCUCAAAGCUAUAAUAGAUCAAUUUCAGGAAUAAAGAUGGGGAAAAAAUGCCAUUAU